AUGGCACGAGGCAAGCUAGUGUUCAAAGGGGACGAUGCGAAAAAGAAGAAGAAGAAAAAGGCCAAGCAUUCGAGCAGCAAGGGCGAUGAAACGAGCGUGAGCGUGUCGACAGUGGCGGCAGCGGCAUCCGUGGCCAGUGCGCCCACCACUACAGCAGCUGUGCCCCAGAUGGUGACGGGCAGUGGCAAAAUCACAACGAGCGGUACGGUGGUGACGGGUCAUGGGACCAAAUUUGGCAAGGAGAUUGCAGCGGGAGACGCCUUGAUUGUGAUGGAGAAUGGCCAGCAGCAGAUGCGUGUCGUGACAAUGCGCUUGUCGGAUAUCUCUCUCAAUCUCUCGUCGGCGUUUGGGACUUCGUUCAAGACUCCCACAUCCUACAAAGUCAUUCGCAAACCACGAGACGACGCCAAAUUGAAACGUCUACAAGCCGAACAGGACUCGCUCUCCAAAAAGGAACAAGAAGAAUUGGCAUCGGGAACGUUUGGAUCCAACGAAGAGUUUGUCUAUCGAGUACGAACCGAAACGGGAAAUUACAGAAUUAAACGAGAAAAAACAAGCAACAGCAGUACCAGAACCGAUAUGCUAGACAUGAGGAGCAAAAAGACAUCCGAUAAGUAUUGCUGAACUGUACGGUAAUAAUAUAUAAUAUGACAAGGAGCAACGAAAUGAAGACUAUUAGCUGGAAUCCGGGUCUUUGGGAGUAGAUGAAUGUGUUGAAGCAAGUUGGAUGAUCGCGUAUCGGUAGACAAAAUUAUCUAUCUACUGUAGACAAGCUUUCUCUAUAGAAGGUUUAGAAGAAUCAAAACUAUACUUUUUUCGACCCCCUACGGGUAGCCUGAGAAACUGAGGCAUUGGCUUGGUGAGGAUUAUUUGAGGAAAGCCAGGAUCGGGCCAAGCUUUAUGGAAUGGAAGACUCAAAU